AUGGACGGUAACGACAGCUUAUCAUCAGCAGAUCCAUCUCAUCGUUUGCCGUCCUAUCACAUCAAAACAAAAUACCUUAAAGAGCUGAUGAAUAUCAAAAUGAACAUCGUACAAGUUGGACCUGAACCCUCCCAGAUCACAUGCCCAUCGUGCCGAGCCACGAUCGUCACGAGGGUCGAGAGGAAAUCCACGACGAAGACUCACGUCAUAGCGCUUCUUCUGUGUCUGUUCCUUUGCUGGCCUUGUGUAUGCGUCCCCUACUGUGUGGACUCAUGUCAGAACGCCGACCACUAUUGUCCCAACUGCAAUUCCUACCUCGCCUCUCAACCUCUCAAAAGACCACCGCAGACGGGGCCCUGUAGGGCUGAUGGUUCAGCCGGGGUUGUGGGGGCUGGGCGGAAGGGAACCCCCCUGUUCCUUCUCCUGCUCUGGGCCGAGGUCGCGGUGCCUCAUUGUGCUUAUCCCGCAACCCUGGCUGAACAUCAGCCAGGGUUGCGGGGUAAGCAUAAGGUCCCGUCUGUGGUGGUCUAUUGGCUCUAUGAGGCGCGCGCGGAACCCUACGCUCGGGUCUGUUUCUGGUCGGGCGGCGAGCUACCCUUACUCGCCGUCCGCAGACCCGCGCUUGCCAGAGAUCGUCCCUUGAUCCCCGACGCCCGUAGUGUCGUCUGUUGCGGCGGCUGGGGCGUGAUGAGGAGGAUUGCUCCCUAA